GGCACAGCUGCGGGUGGUGGAGUAGGUGAAGAGCCGGCCUGCGGAGUCAGCGCUCCUCCCUCCCCUAACCCUUAGAGGGUGGAGAAAAGUUAAGUCUGUAGAACGGAGUUAAAUAAAGUAAAGCGGCGGAGGCUGUCGUGUCAAUUCAGGCAUCUUGCCUGCUCAGGUCAGAAAGCUACCCUUGAGGUUGGGCCGCUAGGCUGGUCCGUCGUCGUGCUUGGUUGGAUUUCUUGGCGGCUUCUUGAGUGUUUUGAGCUGCCCUUGUCUUAGCGGGAGGAGUCUCCGAGCUCUCGUCGCGCUCUGCUCCUGUCUCUAGAGCCAAACUUCGAACUUGCGCUGCCGACAGGGCGCUGGCGCCAGAUACCCGGGCACCGGGAGGUAUAGUGUUUCCCGUGGACCUGUCUGCUGGAAGGAGUCACUAGCAUAAUUCAACCCCCUGUGAUCUCAAAACAGAAUUUUUGCAACAAGCUCCUGGUAGUCCUAAACAAUUCAUCCUGGUGUUCUGUGUUCCUACUGUGAUUGCAUCAUGGAGAAUCAAUUGGUUAAAUCAACUGAAGAACGGACGUUUCAGUACCAGGAUUCUCUUCCAUCACUGCCUGUUCCUUCACUUGAAGAAUCAUUAAAAAAAUACCUUGAAUCAGUAAAGCCGUUUGCAAAUGAAGAAGAAUAUAAGAAAACUGAAGCAAUUGUCCAAAAAUUUCAAAAUGGUAUUGGAAAAACAUUGCAGCAGAAAUUACUUGAAAGGGCGAAGGAAAAAAGAAAUUGGCUGGAGGAGUGGUGGCUGAAUGUUGCCUACCUGGACGUUCGCAUACCAUCUCAACUGAAUGUCAACUUUGCGGGUCCUGCAUCCCACACUGAACACUACUGGCCUCCAAAGGAAGGCACUCAGUUGGAAAGAGGAAGUAUAAAUCUUUGGCAUAACUUGAUCUACUGGCAGCUAUUAAGAAAAGAAAAAGUGGCUGUUCAUAAAGUUGGAAAUACUCCUCUAGAUAUGAAUCAAUUUCGAAUGCUGUUUUCCACUUGCAAGGUUCCAGGAAUUACUAGAGAUUCAAUUAUGAGUUAUUUUAGGACUGAGAGUGAAGGGUGCUGCCCAAGUCACAUUGCAGUGCUGUGUCGAGGCCGAGUUUUUGUGUUCGAUGGAAUACUUGAAGGAAGUUUGAUUACCCCACCAGAGAUUCUCAGGCAAUUGACAUACAUCCAAAAGAAGUGCCAUAGUGAACCUGAUGGACCUGGGGUAGCAGCGUUAACUAGCGAGGAGCGGACUCGAUGGGCUAAGGCACGAGAAUAUUUGAUUCAUCUUAAUCCAGACAACUUGACUAUGUUAGAAAAAAUUCAAAGCAGUUUACUGGUGUUUUCCUUAGAGGAUGACAGUCCACAUGUAACACCAGAAGAUUAUUCCCAGGUAACUGCAAAGAUUCUUACUGGAGAUCCAACAGUACGCUGGGGAGACAAAUCCUAUAAUUUGAUUUCUUUUUCUAAUGGAGUAUUUGGCUGUAAUUGUGAUCAUGCCCCUUUUGAUGCAAUGGUUAUGGUAAACAUCAGCCAUUAUGUUGAUCAGAAGAUUAUUGAGACUGAAGGAAGAUGGAAGGGUUCAGAAAAAGUACGGGAUAUACCACUUCCAGAGGAGCUUGUUUUCACUGUGGAUGAAAAAGUGUUAAAUGACAUCAACCAAGCUAAAGCCCAAUAUCUCAAGCAGGCAUCUGAUCUGCAGAUUGUGGUGUAUGCCUUUACACCUUUUGGCAAAAAGCUAACCAAGAAGGUGAUGCUUCACCCUGAUACGUUUGUUCAGCUUGCACUUCACCUGGCCUAUUAUAGACUUCAUGGACGCCCUGGUUGCUGCUAUGAAACAGCUAUGACAAGAUACUUUUAUCAUGGCCGUACAGAGACCAUGCGAUCAUGUACAGUAGAAGCAGUCAGGUGGUGCCAGUCCAUGCAGGAUCCUUCUUCCACUAUUUUGGAGCAGCAGCACAAAAUGUUACAAGCUUUUGCCAAACAUAAUAAGCUGAUGAAAGAUUGUUCAGCUGGAAAAGGAUUUGAUCGUCACCUUUUAGGUCUCCUACUCACAGCAAAAGAGGAAGGUCUCCCUGUUCCAGAACUCUUUACAGACCCACUUUUCUCCAGAAGUGGAGGAGGUGGAAACUUUGUUCUCUCAACAAGUCUGGUUGGCUAUUUAAGAGUCCAGGGAGUGGUGGCUCCCAUGGUGCACAAUGGCUAUGGAUUUUUCUAUCAUAUCAGAGAUGACAGGUUUGUUGUGGCCUGUGCAGCCUGGAAAUCAUGUCCAGAGACUGAUGCAGAAAAGCUAGUUCAACUGAUUUUUCGUGCUUUCCAUGAUAUGAUGCGGCUGGUGAAUCCUGCUCACCUUUAGAGACUAAUCAUUUAUUAAGAACUUACCAAAACAUAUCAUUAAACUGGGUGCCGGGAGCGGGUUGGUGAUGUGAGAUAGGAAAGAGUGUUAAAUGCAGCAAUCAUUAGAAUUAGGCUCUGUAAAUUCAUUCUGACACAGAAACUAGAAACACUUACAAGUUUCCUCUGAUGCAGCAGCAAUGCAAAUUACGGUAUGGUGACCAGAGAAUUAUGCAAAGUUUAAGAUAAGCCUCAACAAUGCAAAUCUACAAAUCUUAACAAUGCAAGUCUAACUCUGACUCUUAAAUAUCUUUGUUGGUACUCGUAUAGGUAAUAAAUCUUCUCUCUGAACAUCAUCGUAGAGUCUACCUUCCAGCACUUUAAUAUCUUCUAGUUGUCAAAGGAAAUGAAAUAUAUGACUGGAUGCUAAUUUCCCUGAAAUCAAUGAUUCCACAUUCACCACAGGCUUACAAGCCUACUAUGUUUGGGAAAGACCACUACAGUUUAAUGAUCUUAAAAAAGAGAGAUUCUGUUGAGCAGACAGAAGAAUUAGGCUGUAGUAAGGAGGUUUACAUCCUCUGACAACACACAAAACCCUAACAAAAUUUAUUCUAGUAUAUGGUUGUAAUUAGUUUCGUGAAUGUAAAAUUAAAGCACUUAUAUUUAAAAUCAGUAACUUUAAAAGGAUUAAAUAUUAAGUAAGAUUCUCAGGAUUUUAGUUUUGUGUUUUUCCUCUGUUCAAUUUUGUAGUUUCUACUCUCAGGAAAUAAAAUUGUGAAAGUCA